GCAGCCGCCGUACACACGCCGCUCCGCUCCGCUCGGCUCCUCUCCGCUCGGCGCUGCCCGGCCCGGGACAGGACAGGACAGGACAGGGGGAGAGAGGGAGAGUGUGGACACACAGAGCGGCGGAGACGGGACAGGGAGACAGGGAGAGAGGGGACAGGGAGGCACCGACACGGCCGCUGCGGCGCCGCCGGGGAUCCGGAUCUCCAGCUCCAGCGCGACAGGCCGGGCCGAUCCGAUCCGAGGGUGCCACACGAUGUCCCUGAAACCACGUGUGGUGGACUUCGAUGAAACAUGGAACAAGCUCCUAACAACAAUCAGAGCAGUUGUCAUGCUGGAUUACGUGGAAAGAGCUACUUGGAAUGACCGCUUUUCAGACAUUUACGCUUUGUGUGUGGCCUACCCAGAACCUCUGGGAGAGCGACUCUACACAGAAACAAAAAUCUUUCUGGAAAAUCAUGUCCAACUCCUGUACAAGAAAGUUCUGGAUUCUGAAGAAAAGAUUUUGACCAUGUACCAUAAAUAUUGGGAAGAAUACAGUAAAGGCGCAGAUUACAUGGACUGUUUAUACAGAUAUCUCAACACACAGUUCAUCAAGAAAAACAAACUGACAGAAGCUGACCUUCAGUAUGGAUAUGGUGGCGUGGACAUUAUUGAGCCAUUGAUGGAGAUAGGCGAGCUAGCUCUUGAUAUGUGGAAGAAAUUGAUGAUUGAGCCACUACAGACCAUCCUCAUCCGAAUGCUUCUUCGUGAAAUAAAAAGUGACCGUUGUGGAGAAAAUCUAAAUCAGAAAGUAAUCCACGGGGUUAUCAACUCUUUUGUUCAUGUUGAACAGUACAAGAAAAAGUUUCCCCUUAAGUUUUAUCAGGAUCUCUUUGAACAUCCAUUUCUACUGGAAACAGGAGAGUAUUACAAACAAGAAGCAUCAAAUUUACUUCAAGAGUCAAAUUGUUCACAGUAUAUGGAAAAGGUUUUAGCCAGAUUGAAAGAUGAGGAAGUUCGGUGCCGGAAAUACUUGCAUCCCAGCUCAUAUGCCAAAGUGAUUCAUGAAUGCCAGCAACGAAUGGUAGCAGACCAUCUGCAGUUUCUACAUGGGGAAUGCCAGAAUAUUAUCAAGCAAGAAAGGCGAGAAGAUAUGGCAAAUAUCUACACCUUACUUCGUGCAGUUUCAAAUGGUUUACCUCACAUGAUCCAAGAGCUUCAGAAUCAUAUUCAUGAUGAGGGUCUUAGAUCCAUCAGUAACCUCUCUCAGGAAAAUAUGCCUACACAGUUUGUGGAAUCUGUUCUUGAAGUUCACAGUAAAUUUCUGCAACUUAUCAGUUCAGUCCUUAAUGGAGAUCAGCAUUUUAUGAGUGCACUUGAUAAAGCUCUAACGUCAGUAGUAAACUAUAGAGAGCCGAAGUCUUCGUGCAAGGCUCCAGAGCUGCUAGCUAAGUACUGUGACAACCUAUUAAAGAAAUCGGCAAAGGGAAUGACGGAAAAUGAAGUUGAGGACAAACUGACCAGCUUCAUCACAGUUUUCAAAUAUAUUGAUGAUAAAGAUGUCUUUCAGAAAUUCUAUGCCAGAAUGUUGGCGAAGCGGUUGAUACAUGGUCUUUCCAUGUCCAUGGAUUCGGAGGAAGCUAUGAUUAAUAAACUCAAGCAAGCGUGUGGUUACGAGUUUACCAGCAAACUUCAUAGGAUGUACACAGACAUGAAUGUCAGUGCUGACCUCAACAACAAAUUCACAACCACUUUUUUAAGACAACAGGAUACUGUAAUAGAUCUUGGAAUCAGCUUUCAGAUCUACGUUCUUCAGGCUGGUGCAUGGCCUUUGACUCAAGCAUCCUCAUCUACAUUUGCCAUCCCACAAGAAUUAGAAAAGAGUGUUCAGAUGUUUGAAUUGUUUUACAAUCAGCACUUCAGUGGAAGGAAACUUACCUGGCUGCACUAUCUUUGUACGGGUGAAGUAAAAAUGAACUAUUUAUCAAAGCCUUACGUAGCUAUGGUUACUACAUACCAAAUGGCCGUGCUGCUAGCAUUUAACAACAGUGAAAUCGUCAGCUACAAGGAGCUCCAAGACAGCACACAGAUGAAUGAAAAAGAACUUAGCAAAACCAUUAAAUCCUUGCUUGAUGUAAAAAUGAUCAACCAUGACUCUUGCAAGGAAGAUGUUGACUUGGAUUCCAUUUUCUCUUUGAAUAUGGUUUUCAGCAGUAAAAGGACAAAGUUUAAAAUUACAACCUCCAUGCAAAAAGAUACACCCCAAGAGAUGGAACAAACUCGUAGUGCGGUUGACGAGGACAGGAAAAUGUAUCUGCAGGCUGCUAUAGUGCGCAUCAUGAAGGCGCGUAAAGUGCUCCGACACAAUGCACUUAUUCAAGAGGUAAUAAGCCAAUCAAGAGCAAGAUUCAAUCCUAGUAUCAGCAUGAUCAAGAAGUGCAUUGAAGUCCUCAUUGACAAACAAUAUAUAGAGCGUAGCCAGACCUCCGCAGAUGAAUACAGUUAUGUGGCUUGAUCCAAACGGUUGGCAUUUGGCUUUGUCUGAGUAUGGUGCAAAGACCUGCUGUGUCACUGUUUGAUGUGUUCCUGUGAAAUGAAGCAGAGCUCUGCCUCCACCAGGUUUUUCAAGCCCAACAACCUGGCAGCCCUUUCUCUGCUGUUUACAAUCUAACCAGUGCCACAUUGCAAGUGUCAAUGCCGAUAGAUUUCCCAACUCACGUCAUCACAACAUUAGAGUAAGUGGGAGUAUUUUGGAUGCCAUGUUAAUCUCGCUGGUGCAGUUGAUAUAUUUUAAAAAAGAUAAUUUAAAAUUAAACAUUGUAAUAUGGCAAAUAAUUGUGUUUACACUGUAAAUUUUGCAUCCCAGAUUGCAGAUAACAAAACAUGGCACAGUUGCUUCACAAAAUAUAAGCCUGUACACUACCUGGGGUUUAUGUAGGUUUCAGUGAAGUAGACAUUACAUCAGUGUGCUCUGCAUACCACCCAGAUGAGCAAAUCUGUGUACUUCAUAAAUACUGAGAUUUUCCUGAACUGUCGCUACAGGAACAUCAUGAGGAAUGUCUAAACUGGUUUGCACUUCCAUUAAAGGGAUUUUUGUCA